AUGCUUCUCUCUCCUUUGAAGAGACGCUUCACUGUAGCUUCCGAAAACGACGUCGCUUUGAGUUCGCUGUACUCUCUCAUAAGAACUAAAAGAUGUCUUCAGAGGAGAAUAACCUUAGCCAAGUACUUUGACUACGUCAGCACCCCACAAGCCGGCGCCAUAGCAACAUUCUCAGGCACCACAAGAGACACAUUCGAGGGGAAAACAGUUAUGGAGCUGAGGUACGAAGCAUACGUACCAAUGGCAACAAGAUACCUCAGCUCCAUCUGCGCAUCCGCUAGAUCAAACUGGGACAUCCACAAGAUCGCUGUCGCCCACCGUCUGGGGCCAGUUCUUGUUGGGGAAACCAGCGUGUUUGUGGCGGUCUCGUCUGUUCACCGUGGGGACGGUUUAGACGCUUGCAAGUUCUUGAUUGAUGAGCUGAAGGCUUCGGUUCCGAUAUGGAAGAAAGAGGUGUAUGCUAAUGGAGAGGUUUGGAAGGAGAAUGCUGAGUUUCUGGAGAAGAGGUUGGAGCUUGCAGAGACAAGAGGCAGUUUAGUGAAGAAACAUGUGGCUGGAGAACAUAAGAGAAGUUGCUGUGGAAGUAAAGUUAGAGUACAAGAAGAUGAAGAUCAUACAGACAUAGCAGGAGAUAACAAAGAGUGAUGUUUGUUUUGCUUUCUCUAGUGUUUUUAAAACCGGACCGACCGGUGGUUAGACCAGGUUCGACCAUGAACCAAUCACAUAGUUGGGUUGGAUCUAAUAAUUGAUUCGGUUCCGCUUCCGGUCCGUUUUUGAAAACAUUGGUUUUCUCUCAAUAAACAAAAUGUCUUAAAGCACAUUGUUGAA